AUGACUGUUGAAUACGCUCAAGAGGGUGGCUAUCAACGCACUCAAUCAGUUAUUUACCAAAUGCAAGAAACCCUUUUAAAUGCAUCAAAAGAUGGAGUUAACGGAACUGAUGAUCUACAGAAAUUAGCUGCCACAGAAUCAUCAAUAACUGUAAAUUCAGAGCGCGUUUUGAGUUAUGUUAGCAAAAAUUAUGGCUUUCAGCGUCGUAAUUUGGGAACUCUAAGAUAUAGUCCUCUGCGACAGGGCAGGUUUGAAGGCAGCGAGAAAAAACAAGAGCUUCCGUUUCCGUAUAAUUACUGCAGGGCCUUCAUCCCAGAGCCAUUCUUGCCUAGGCUUGGGACCAGCGCAAUAAAUUCUAUUAUAACUGUUAUUUUGACGUCCGAAGACCUGCAAAUCGCCAUUGAGAAGAACCAAAAUAUAAGGUUCCAGAACCGCGAGCUAUGGGGAGUAGAUAUUUAUACCUGCGACUCCGAUCCUCUGCUGGCAUUGGUCCACUGCGGCGCGUUGGACUUCAAGGGGAGCUCUGGUACCCGUAAGCGUCGGACUCCGGCCAACCUCGAGAAUCCUGAUAAUGUCGUUAGUUUAUUCGACGAUAAGCCACCACUGCAUAGUAAAUCAAUGCCUGGUUUUGAUUUAGAAGUCCAACUGCUAAUGCUGCCUCCCUUACAAAGGUACUGCUCCGUGGAGCGGUAUGGAAUCAAAUCAAGAGCCUGGGAAGUAAUCCACGAUGGUCUGAGCUACGGCAUAUAUUCGAUAAGAGUAAAUCCGAGGGCAGAAGAUGCAUAUGUGGAGUCGUAG